CGCGAUGCCAACAUCAUCAAUGAACAGCAUGAGAGCACUGGCUUCAGGCCUACUGUAACAUCGAAAGGCUGCUGUCAACGUGGAAAAUAAUUUUGCUGUAGCUGACUAGCUACCUAUAUAAUUUGUUUUAGUAGUUGGUGUACACGAACCGGCAUCAAAAUGAGUUUACUUCAAAAAAUUGCAGAGAUCGAGGCCGAGAUGGCUCGGACCCAGAAGAACAAGGCCACAGCUCACCAUCUGGGUCUGCUAAAGGCUAAAAUGGCCAAGCUGAGGAGGGAGCUCAUCUGCCCUAAAGGAGGCGGCGGAGGUGGCCCGGGAGAGGGUUUCGACGUGGCAAAGACUGGUGACGCCCGUAUCGGGUUUGUGGGCUUCCCGUCAGUGGGCAAGUCCACGCUGCUGAGUAACCUGGCGGGCGUGUACUCAGAGGUGGCUGCCUAUGAGUUCACCACCCUCACCACCGUGCCCGGGGUCAUCCGCUACAAAGGUGCCAAGAUCCAGCUCCUGGAUCUGCCUGGUAUUAUUGAGGGAGCCAAAGAUGGUAAAGGCAGAGGGAGACAGGUUAUUGCAGUGGCACGCACCUGUAACCUGAUCCUGAUCGUUCUGGAUGUACUGAAGCCCCUGGGCCAUAAGAAGCUGAUCGAGCACGAGCUGGAGGGCUUCGGAAUCCGCCUCAACAAGAACCCGCCCAACAUCGGCUUCAAGAGGAAGGACAAGGGCGGCAUCAACUUCACCGCCACCUGCCCUCAAACUGAGAUGGAUGCUGAAACGGUGAAAAGCAUCCUCUCCGAGUACAAGAUCCACAACGCAGACGUGACCCUGCGCUGCGACGCCACCGCAGACGACCUCAUUGACUGUGUGGAGGGCAACCGGGUUUACAUCCCCUGCAUUUACGUGCUCAACAAGAUCGACCAGAUCUCUGUGGAGGAGCUGGACAUCAUCUACAAGGUGCCUCACUGCGUGCCCAUCUCUGCCCACAGCCGCUGGAACUUUGACGACCUGCUGGAGAAGAUCUGGGACUACCUGCAUCUAGUGCGCAUCUACACCAAACCCAAAGGUCAGCUCCCCGACUACACAUCUCCGGUGGUCCUACAGGACAGCACCACCACAGUGGAGGACUUCUGCCUGAAGAUUCACAAAACCCUCAUCAAAGAGUUCAAACAUGCGCUGGUGUGGGGGUCGUCCGUGAAGCAUAACCCGCAGAAGGUGGGAAGGGAACAUACGAUGGACGAUGAGGACGUUAUCCAGCUGGUGAAGAAGUAGAGAAAUGGGAAAAGAACCCAAGGACGCUGAUGCUUUGCAUGAUUUGUUUCGUGUUCUGGGGAGUAAACUCACAGGGGCCAGAAAAAGACAUCCACAAUGCCGUAGUCAUCUGGUGUUUGAAAAGUAGAAAAACCACAGCAGUUGCAAAAAAAAACAUUGUAAAUAAGUACAUUUAAACCCCAAUCCCUAGCCUUAUCCACACGCCUUGUGUCAUGCUAGCAAACCAUUGGAGAGGGAGUAAGGUCUUGUAUCCCCAAAUAUGUGUUUUAAAAAGGCUUACAAAUAAAGAUGCGAAAUAGCUCA